GUAAUUAAUCUGCAAUUCUCAAGUUCAAAUCAAUUCUCUACCUGAAAGUCUGAAACCAACAUAAGUGCUCAGAACUCUGACCUUCCUCUCAGGUCUGAGAACGCGAGCCGCCAAUUCUCCUUACGCGGCUUUCGAUCGAAAAUAUUUCUAAGGAAGGGAAAAACCAGAAAAAAAAAUUAUUGCAUUCGUCAGAUCUCUCUUCCCUCGUCGGUUACCAAAUAUUCGCACUUUUUUCCUCUGAUUCUCCUCUUGCAUUUUGGGUUUCUUGACUUUCUGGCCUCAAUCCAUCUUUCAUUCUCGUUAUAAUUCUUGUUACUCAUAGUAUUGACUCUUCUAGGGUUUCCAUAUUUUGUUUAGCUGCGAAUUUUGCUGGUUCACCGAUGAGUUCGAAAUCUUGAAGUCGAAUUUGUCUCUGAUUUGUUACGCAAUUUGUUUCUUUAGGGCUUUUGGGAUAUUCCAAAUUCUAGAAAUAUUUCUUUUGGAGAAUUGGUGGUGUGGAAUUAACAUGCGCUCGUUUCUGUGGAGCUCGGCUUCCACGAAUGAGCAGAAUAAUGGAGGCAAUCGUGCUCAGUUGUACCUCAAUGUCUAUGAUCUAACGCCUAUAAACAACUACCUCUACUGGUUUGGACUUGGAAUCUACCACUCCGGAAUCGAAGUUCAUGGUAUGGAGUUUGCAUUUGGAGCCCAUGAGUACCCAACAAGUGGAGUGUUUGAGGUGGAGCCGAAAUGCUGUCCUGGUUUUGUCUACAGACGGUCAGUGUUGCUGGGCAGUACCGACAUGUCCUGUUCAGAGUUCCGGUUAUUCAUGGAACAACAUUCUGGAAAUUAUCAUGGAGAUUCCUAUCAUUUGAUUGCGAAGAACUGCAACCAUUUUACUGAUGAUGUUUGCAUGCGUCUCACCGGAAAACGUAUUCCUGGUUGGGUGAAUCGGUUAGCUAGAUUAGUCUCAGGUUCUUUCUGCAACUGUUUACUACCAGAAAGUAUUCAAACUACAGCAAUUAGGCAUCUACCUGAUCAUCCACCAUAUUCUGAUGAUGGGUCUGAAUCCGUAGCUUCAUCCGCAUCAGCAGACAGUGAAGAAGAGCGCUCAGAUCAUCAUUUGCUACCUACACAAAAUGGUGAUGUGGCAUUUAUAAAUGAGAAAUCAGUGAGGCUUGCGAAGGAUCUUUUGUGAUUAAGUAUAUCUUUGUUUCAUUCUUGUGCCUGCCUGUUGUCUGUACUAGCAAUGUAUGAUUUUCAAUCGUAACAAUAACCCUCAGCUUCAGUUUGCUGGUGGAUAUUGGUCAUAGCUCUCUGGUCGAUUAUGAUGCCUACAUUUGUCUCUGUAUGGUAAUACAUGUUUCUUCAAGUUUAAUGUCUUUCCUCCUUGUAUGAAAUUUUGAUUCCUGAA